GCCGAAAGUCGAUUCUUGCCCCCGCUAAGAAACAACAAAGUGAAGAUUUUAACAACAACUCUACAGUUUAACUUAUAGUUGUCAAGAAAUUAAUAAUCGUGUGCUGCCAAAAGAUCGUCUAACUUCGAAAUAUAUAAAGUGCUAAUCAAACAAAUUUUAAUAUCGUUUAAAUUGAUCUACGAAAUGAUAAUAACAUAUUUUUCAAUAAGCUGGAAAUGUCAAUUGAGGCUGCAAAAUGAAACGUAGAAAAACAAGAAAUAAGACAAGAACAACAACAACAACAACAAGCCUAGCUGGCGUCAUGUCAUGGGAUUGUUAUAUAAAAGUUCCAAACUCUUGAACAUAAUUCUGGAUUCCCUGGAAGAUCAAGAGGGUGGAGCUAUGUACAUAUCGUGCGAUGUCUCAAACGGCGGUCCUGUGGAACCAGAAACGGGCUAUGUGCCCAACAAUCCAUUAUUUGGCCUGGCCUUGGACAGUCCGCAGCAAGAGUGUGCCGCCAGCUGCGUCGGCUGUUUAUCCUGCCAAGGCAACACCGCCCUGCCCAUAUCCUCCCUCACCAGCAGCGACUUUGACUGCGGCGGCUGCUUCGAUAGCACCAUUGGCGUGCUCGGCAGUCAGAUUAAUACAACGCCGCCGGCUUGCACGCUCAGCGCCAACGCAGGCAACAACAGCAACGGCAUUGCUUUGACUGGCAACGGCAGUAGCUAUUGGAGCACUGACGAGAUGGCCUCCACAUUUCCAGGUCUGCCGCCGCUGGACAUUGAUCCGCUGCCCAGUCUCUUUCCCUUCUCGCCCUGCAGCGCCAGCUACAACUUUGCCAGCAAUCCGCACCAGGCUUCGCUCUCCUACACCGUGCAUCCGCAUCAGAUGCUCAUCUCGCCCAACGGCAGCCAGCAGCACAACCAGCACGCGCAGUCCGCCACACAUCCCCACCAGCUGCAGUCCCAACACAUGCAGCAGGCACUCAAUCAGGCAUCGCACGGUGGUAAUGCGCUCCACAAUCAUAGCCACAAUCAUAACCAAAGUGUGGGCAGUGCCUCACAAGGCGGCGCCACGGGAGCAGGCGGCGGCAGCUGUUACUAUGAAGCUGCUAACAAUGCGCCCGGUCCGCCACCCAUGUAUCCCAGCAUGAGUGUUAAUGUCAGCAUGAACAUGACCAUGCAUCAUGGCUAUGGUGCGGAUGGCAGCGGUGUGCCCAUGCAGUGCUCACAGAUGAACUGGACGCCGCCCAGCAACUCUGCUGCAGCGGUUAAUGUGCUCUAUCCACCGCUGUUGAGUCCCACGCACUAUCCCGCCUCGGCCACCUAUUCCUUUACGGCGGAUUUUCGUGCGCCGGGACCACUGCCGCCGCUAGCAGACAAAGAGUCACCCUCGCCGCCUGCGCCCAGCUCAGCAGCAGCUCUGGGCUACUAUGCCACAGGCUCCAAUCCAAGCUAUACGCCGCCCAGCAAAAGUCCCAGCUAUCAGGCAGCUGCUCUCAGCUUGGGCCUCAGCAGCUUUGAUGAGGAGGAGGACAGCAAUGAGGAUGGCGAUUUGGCUGAUGAUGGAGAGGAUAGCGCUGGGGGUGACCUCAAGCCAAAUCUGUGCCGGCUUUGCGGCAAGACCUAUGCGCGACCCAGCACAUUGAAGACGCACCUACGCACGCAUUCGGGCGAGCGGCCGUAUCGCUGUCCGGACUGCAACAAGAGCUUCUCACAGGCCGCCAACUUGACGGCCCAUGUACGCACACAUACCGGACAGAAGCCGUUCCGCUGUCCCAUUUGUGAUAGACGCUUCUCGCAAAGCUCCAGCGUCACCACGCACAUGCGCACACACUCCGGCGAGCGUCCCUAUCGCUGCUCCUCCUGCAAAAAGUCAUUCUCGGACAGCUCCACGCUCACCAAACAUCUGCGCAUCCACAGCGGCGAGAAGCCCUACCAAUGCAAGCUCUGCUUGCUAAGAUUCUCACAGUCUGGCAAUCUGAAUCGGCACAUGCGCGUGCAUGGCAACAAUGCCAAUGGCAGCAAUAGCAGCUCGAGUCUGGGCAGCGGCAGCAGCAGCGUUGGUGGUGCUGCUGCUGGCGGCAGUUUGCUCACAUGACAAAAGCCACGCAGUGCAGGUGGCUUUCAGCAUUACCAUCCCCCGCAUACGCACGCACACCCACCACAUCCGCAUCCACAUCCACAUCCCCAUCAUGUGCAUCACCAUGCCCACAUGGGCAGCUAUGAUUAUGGAAACUAUAGCAUCAGCGAUUAUGCUCCUCCCGGCGCUACACAAAACUAUUCAGGGUAUUAUUUUUGCGCACUCAAUAAGCCACCCAAGUUCGAGCGUUUCUACUAAGCCACAGAGUAGAAAUCCUGGCUACGGCCCAUGCCCAUAAAUCUAUGGAAAUGCAAUUGUAAAUGCUCAAAUUUCAAUUGAAUAUAAAC